AUGCGUACCUACGACGAUUCUUUCAGCGGUCAGAAGAUCUACCCUGGAAAGGGUAAGCUGUACGUCCGUGGCGACAGCAAGAUCUUCCGCUUCCAGAAUGGAAAGUCCGAGUCCCUCUUCCUCCAGCGCAAGAACCCCCGCCGCAUCUCCUGGACUGUCCUCUACCGUCGCCAGCACAAGAAGGGUAUCUCUGAAGAAGUCGCUAAGAAGCGUACCCGCCGUGCCGUCAAGUCCCAGCGUGCUAUCGUUGGUGCUUCCCUCGACGUGAUCAAGGAGCGCCGCAACCAGCGCCCUGAGGCCCGUGCUGCUGCUCGCCAGCAGGCCAUCAAGGACGCCAAGGAGAAGAAGGCCGCUUCCGAGAAGGCUAAGAAGGCCGAGAAGGCCAAGAACGCUGCCGCCGGCAAGGGUACCGCCCAGCGCAUCCAGAGCAAGCAGGGUGCUAAGGGCUCUGCCCCCAAGGUUGCCGCCAAGUCUCGUUAA